UGACGAGAGCUGCAGUGGUGACGAUGUGCGAUGCUGACUGAGACUAAAGUCGUCUGCCACCCCCACAUCACGUGACUCAGUCCCUGCAGUACUUGUUUUCAAUAGUCUUACAUUUUACUGACAGUCGUGCGCUGGUUGCUACCACAGAAUCCUGUCAUUUCUCUCUACCUUCAGCCUUCCGUGUCCUGUCACCAUGCUCUGAUACUUCACACACUGAGAAUGAUUACAGACCUGUUUACUAAGCUUCAGUGUGACGUCACAUAAGACAACUGUCAACAAUGUCUGGUCAUCAGCCGUCUGCUGCACAACAGGGACAGCGCCCUAAGGGAAGAGGAGGUAAACAACAUUCUACAGGUCGUGGCCGGGUGGAAGUCUACCUACACACAGUGACUGACCAACAGGCUGAGCUACUGACUGACACAGCCAACACACGUCCUCUGGAAGAGGUGAAGAAGAAGUCAGGCGCUGACGCAGACUUUGACCCCAACCCGUCACCUGUACCAGGUGUGAAGUUUCUCACCAUCCGCGGUGAUGAUUCUCAGAUCAAAGCAGCAGUUAGUCUCAUCAAUCAGAAGACUGGCUCAAAGGACCCAUUACCAGACCAGGCCCAGACAUUCUGGCUACAGUGGGUGGAGGCCGCGUUCCCUCAUCUCGACUCUCGCGCCUACUUCCUGCCUCCUGUCUACGUCAACCGCGUGCCCAUGACUAGACAGUCAGCUGCUGGGCAGCAGGUUCUCGUCCUACAGUCAGAAACUGUGUGAAGACAACAAAGAAGUCAUGGUUGGACUGACUCAGCUUCAG